AUGGCUGCCUCCGGAGACGAUAACGUGGUUCAGUACAUUGUUGUGAGAAAAGAUUUGUUGAAGACUUUGAAAUGGCCUUUAGGAGCUGUAAUUGCACAAACUUGUCACGCAACAACAGCUGUUUAUCAUUUAUAUAAAGAUGACCCUUACGUAAUUAAAUAUACGUCAGACCUUGAUCGAAUGAGGAAAGUGGUUUUAGAAACUGAAGAUGAAAUAGCCCUAAGGAAAUUAUCCGAAGAAUUACAAAAUGAUAAGAUAGAUCAUAAAAUAUGGAUUGAACAACCAGAAAAUUUUGCAACUUGUUUAGCAACUAAACCUUAUCCAAAAUCUAUAGUUCAACAUUUCUUUAAAAAACUUAAAUUAUUUAAAUAGAUUAUUUUAACAAUGUUGAAGUUUUAUUAUAUAAAGUAGUGUGCCAAAGAAGCUAUACAUCUCCUCAAUCUAGCAUAACUUAUUUCAACAGAAUGGUUUGAUUGCCUAAGGGAGUAACAUUAUUCAGUUUAUGAAUAAUAUAAAUAAGUUGAGUAAUAAUUGAUUUGUAAUGAUAAAUAAAUAAAAUAUUAAUCAACAUCCUGUAUUGUUAAAAAUAUAAAAAAAUUUCCUAAUUAAAAAUAAUUAAUUUUUGAAAGUAUUAUUCUUUUCCUCCCUAAGGUCAUCAUGUAUACUUUGGUUAAAUUAUCUUGUAAUACUGUUUAUUAUUUGUAUACAAUAUAUAUAUAAACUGAAAUAUGUAGAAACUUAUGUAAUUUUUGACUUAAGAAACCUUUUGAAUAUACUGAAAAUAGAUUCUUUUAAUUUGCUUAACUAAUUACCAAUUCUCCCAGUUAUAAAUUACUGUAUUUCACAUAGUUAUUCAGUGAAAAAAUAAUAAUUUUAUUAAAUAUUUAUCUUAAUGAAAUAAUACAAAAUCACAUGAUAUUAUUGGUGUUUGAAACUUGCUACAAAGAUGUGGAAUAUUUGAUGGAAAGUUGCUGCAGGUUAAUAAGUGUUUUGUUUGGCUGUUAGUUUUCUUUCAUUCAUUAUGAAUUCUCGAAAAUUAUGUCAUAAUUAUCAUCAAACGUAGAAUAUAUAAAAUAAUUGUAAUACUAUGGACACAAACAUGUAGUGAUUAAUGCAUAGUUAAUAUAUUGGGUUAUGAGGUAAUUUAAUGAUUUACGUUGAAAACGUUAAACAGAGCAAAUAUCUAAAAUACAUUUAUAUAAUUUCGUAUAUAAUAUAAG